AUGGAUACCUCGGGCAUCAUACAAUCCUACAAUUCACGAGCAGCCUCUUCCGCAGCCUUGACUCGAGCUCUUGUGGCUCCGCAGUAUGCUCCUGUUUCGUACAGCGGGGCACCGUCGGGAAACCUACUUGCAUCACAUCAGCAGCUACAGCAACCAAACCCAUUCGGAUUUGGACCCUAUACUGGAGGACACUCCACCCCGAUGAUUCCAGAAUUUGCUGCCACGAAUUAUAUUCAACGACGACCGGUACGGCGGAUGAUAGAAGUGGAUAAUGGUGUUGAACGUGGACUAUCUCAUCUUUCGAAUCCUCGCCAAGGCUACGCCGAGGAGCAUCAUAUCUCGAGCCCUAUGAUUAAGACGGAAUCGAACUGGAAGACGGAACACAGCUGGGACGGGCUGCCAACCGUGACCUCGUCCUUUGCUCCCAGCAAUGCACCAACCGUUACCUCCCGGACUCCAGUCAAUGUUGGAGCAGUAGCCGACUUUGGUACGGAGGUUGACACUCUGAUGAAGGCAAUCCAAGCCAAAUCGGAGAGCUCAACAUUCCAGCCACCAUCUACCGAACAGAACAGAACUGUGGUGGGUGCCUAUACCCCUCCCUAUUCGAGCCAUAGCUCUCAGAGCAGCGGGAGUGAAUCUGGAUUAGUGGGGACUCCCAAGCUCACUGGUGGGGAUUAUCAGGACGGUACUACCAGUACGAGAGGCAAGAAACGGUACCAAUGCACUAUUGGAAACUGCACGAAGGUUUUCCAGCAAAAGACACACCUUGACAUUCAUGAGCGAGCGCAUACCGGUGAAAAGCCAUACGCCUGCAAACGACCUGGCUGUGGACAAGGCUUUUCGCAGCUUGGGAACCUAAAGACCCACGAACGGAGGCACACCGGUGAAAAGCCCUUCCAGUGCGAUACCUGCGGGAAGAGAUUCGCCCAACGAGGCAAUGUCCGCGCCCACAAGAUAACGCACGGGCAAGCAAAGCCCUACCAUUGCCAGCUUGAUGCUUGCGGAAAAUCUUUUACGCAGCUCGGUAAUCUCAAGUGUCAUCAAAAUAAGUAUCACAUCAACACGAUCAGAUCACUCACGGCCAAGUUCGCUUCAAUCAAAGACGGCGACAUUGUUCAUGCAGGUGACAAGGAACUUUGGGAGUACUUUGCCAACUUGUACAAGAACAGCAAUAAAGGCAUCAAAGGCCGAGGAAAAGACCGCAAAGUAGGCUCUACAUCGACGCCUGCAACCUCCGGAUUGAGAAACCUUGGGGUCGACGGCCACAUUGGAUACAGCAGAUCCGGAGCCGGAAGAUCCAACAUGGGUGGCCUUAUUGGCAUGCCAUCCAACAUACCCAGCCGAGGAAGCUAUGAGAUGUUCGACAUCAACGACGAGAGCAUGCCAGCCAACCACCACAGAAGCGGCCCAAGUUCCGUGGGCAGCUGCUAUGAUGACGCCCCCUCCGAUAAUUUCGGGGAUGCGGGGCGAGGCGGCGAGCUGGCUUUUGGAGACCGGAUCUACUGA